UUAGACUAAAUUUAUAUUUUCAUCGUCUGAACUAAAUUAAUAAAUUUGCAGAGUUUUGGAUUUUUGUUGAUCUAUUCAAGUUUCAAGGAACUUUCCCAGAAAAAAACAAAACAUGUAGUAGAAUUGUCAACUUAUACAAGGUGGCUUCCAGCCUCUUUCUUUCCUCUCUCAAGUCUCAAUCCCACACCCCUCUGCUCUCCAGGAUAUUAAGACCUGAGAGCUAUACAAGUCCACCGUCCAGCCUCUCUCUCUCUCUCUCUCUCUCUCUCUCUCUCUCUCUCUCUCUAAUAACUCUAACAGCAUACUUGCAAGAAACCCCUCUGGUUGCAAUAUUGCCACAUGCUUAUAUUGUAGUAGUGGUCGUUUAUUAGAAAAAUUCUACAUUGAUUGAUGAAUAUUGACGAGGACAUGAUGGCCAGUACUGAGUCAUAUCGCCCAACAUCCACCGGAGAAACGUACUCAGUGUCUCCACCACAGCAAAUGGAUCUGACUGACUCUAGCUCACCUGAGGAUUUUCAAGUAUAUGAACCCAGGAUAUUUACAUUUGAAGAACUAGCAAUUGCAACUCGUCAUUUCUCCAACAAGGAACUCCUUGGCAUUGGUGAUUUUGGUGAUGUCUAUAAGGGAUGCCUUCCAAGUGGUAAGGUCAUUGCUAUUAAGAAACUUAAAUAUAAGCAGGAAGGACAACAGGAAGAAGAAUUCAAGAAUCAGAUUAAGGACCUUGGCUUUGUGUCUCACCCAAAUCUUGUUAAGCUGGUUGGCUACUGCGGUGAAGAAGCAGAUAGAUUGCUUGUUUCAGAGUUUGUUCCCAACAAAUCUUUGAGAUUUCAUCUAAGCGAUGCAAAGCAAAGAUCAAAUUUGAAUUGGUCAAAGAGAAUGCAAAUUGCCACAGACUCUGCGAAAGGUUUGGCAUAUCUACAUGAAAAAUGUAAUCCUAAAAUCAUCCAUCAACACAUCAAGUCAGAUAACAUUCUUCUAGAUAAUGACUUUAAACCAAAGGUUGCAGAUUUUGGGCUGGCUAAAAUUUUUUCAAAAAUUGAUAUCAGACAAAUCCCCAUUGAUAAAAAAGAAGCUAGCAUUUAUAAAGAUUCAAAAAAUGCUCAUUUUGACGAAAAGUCAGAUGUUUAUUCAUUUGGUGUUUUACUUUUAGAGCUUAUUAGUGGAAGAAAAAUUUAUGAAGACCAUGUUAGUAUUGUUAAUUGGGCAAGGCCUCUAAUGAUCAACGGAGAUUCAGUUAAUGUCAAUUAUAACAGUCUUGUUGAUUCUACAUUGAAAGGAGACAACAGUAAAAGUGAAAUUGAACUUGAACGAGUAAUAUAUUGUGCUGCUGCGAGCGUAUAUAGUAAAUUCUCAAGGCAUCGGCCAACAAUGGAACAGAUAAUUAGAACUCUUGAAGGAAAAAUGUCUCAUAAGGAAUUAUGGGUUGUUGAAGAACUAGCAAAUGCAACUGGUCAUUUCACCAACGCCAGACUCCUUGGCGGUGAUGGUUUUGGUACUGUCUACAAGGGAUCCCUUUCGAGAGAUAUAGUUAAAGCGGUUUGGUUUAGUUUAGUUUUUCAUGUAUUGUGUUUUAGUUUGAUUUUUAAAAUAUAAUAAUUUGAUUAAUUUGAUUUUAACAGUUUGAUUCGAUUUAAA